GUGUGCAAUGAACACAGUGCAUAGUAAAUGCGUCAAAUUUAAAAAAAAAAAAACAUUUUGUUGUGUAUUGUGUGCAUUACGUGAUUGAUGUUGAUUUUGUGGUGCUUAAGUAAUUUAUGAGUGAUGAAAAUAGGAUUUAUCUAUACUUUUACCAUAUUGAAGGCAAAAAUAGCAUAAUUUGGUACUGAACAGCUGAUUUGAUAUUAAUAUUUUAAUGAUAACAACAAAGCAUUUCAAAAUAUUGUGAAAUCAUAAAUGACCAGUUUCAAUCGUUUGGGCAACAACCGAUGAUCAAAUAGUUAGAUAUAAUUUCAAGAUCUGUAAAAAAAAGAGUAAGAAAAAAAUGGAAGUGGAAUGGAAGGAAACUUAUGCAAUUUUGCAGAAAAAAUAUGAUGAAGUCAUCAAAACCGUUGAAUUGGCAAAGCAGAAUGAAGAGAAGGCAAAUAAAGAAAUGGCAUUGAUUAAUUACAAACUAUCUAUAUCAUUGAUCGAUGAAGCAUUGGCCACCCCGGUUGCAUUACCAGAAGACCCAGAUGACGUGGAUGAUACCUGGUUAUUAGGUUUAAAAAUUGUAAAGGCACUAAAGAGAACACGAGGUGAAGUACUACACCGAAUUGCCAUUUUGUCGCCGUCCACAAGUCAAUCGAACGUAUCGACACGAGACAGAAUGCCACUUGAACAAUCCAAUGGUGCUAAAAAGCGACCGCGUACAUUCAUGGAAUUGGCCGAAGCAUUACAAAAUUUAGAGUUUAACUUGAAUGAUCCGAAGGAAUUGCCAAGUGUUUUAGAAUUACUUUUCUCUUGUGAAGGUGUUAAAUUGUAUCAUAUCAAUGUGAAUGGUGAAGUGACUACAACAGAUGAUUCAUCAACCUUGCGAAUUGUUCGAUUAGAUCAAGAUUUAAAUCAGCAUUUUGAUGCUACAUAUUUCAUGCAAAUAAUUCGUUCAUUGGCUGCCGAAGAAAUUCAACAGGGUUUUGAUGAUGGUGAAGAUAAAGAUACCGAAUUAGACAAUACAAUUGGAAAUGAUGAUGAUUUGGAUGAAAUACCGUCUACAAAAAAAGUGCGAGAAAAUACUCCAACAAAAGCAAUUGACUCAUCUUUAAUAUAUCCACUGGUGCCCGCUGUUUCACCAUGUUUCCGAACUGAAUUUGGUGCUUUCAUCUUUCCGGAUAUUCAAUCCGAUGAACAAGGUGCUGCUAUUGGUAUUGUUAUUCCAAAAUCAACGGAUGCUAUUGUGUCAGAAAUUUUAGAAUCAAUCCUACACGGCAUCGUUCGACAAAAAGAAGAAGGAGAAGACGAAGAUGAAACCGAAGAAGAGGGCAGAACGAAAAGAAAACGACGACAUGCCAGUGAACGUGUUUCAGAUAAUCUCGUGCAAGGUGCAUGUUUUGUAUCAAACGGUUUAGUCAAGGGAACCGAACAAUUUGGAAAACUCGUGUCAUAUACCACACCAUACAUAAUUUCAAAAAUGGCCAGAGCACCAGAAAAUGCACCACCCGUUUCGAAUAAGGUUGCCAAUGGUAUUGAAAUCGCAAAAUCGACAACUGGAAUACUUGUUGGUGUUACAGGUUAUUUGGCCGGAAAAGUUGGCAGCGCUUCGGUGGCGUUAGGAAAAUUUAUCGCACCGCAUGUUCAUGCUCAAGGUUCAAAAAUAUUAUCAAAUACAAUGGGCUAUAGCACAGAUGAAGCCAAAGAUAAGAUGAGUGGCGUUCUCACUGUUGCCGCUGGUGCUGUUGAAGGAUUUGGUACGAUCUAUAAUGGUUUGGAGAAAUCGGCUGGAAUUCUUGGAAGGAAUCUUAGUGACAAUUCGGUUCAAAUCAUCGAACACAAGUAUGGUGCACAAGCCGGUAAUCUCGCACACGAUACAUUCGACACAGUGGGGAACAUGAUCAAUUUAUCACAAAAUAUGAGUUUAAUUACACCCAAAGGUCUUGCCAAGAAAACGGUUAAAGGAACUGGUAAAGCGAUUAUCGGCGAUUUUCGACCACAAGUUCCAAAAACAAACUAUGCAACAGCUGGUUCUUUGUAUCCCGACUUGACGGAAUUCUCCAAAAAACUGACCCAAUCCGAUAAUUAGACGUGUAUAUGUAUAACUUCGGGUAUCGAUCAAAGCAUCAAACCAUAAGCAUGCAGCCAAAUGUUUGUGAUUUCAUACUUGGUGUCUACCGUAGUAACAUAUGAUGUUAUUUCAAUAUAUAUCAUUUUAAAUGCAAAUAAAUAGUUUUUAUAGACCUCAAAA